UGGCAGCAGCACCAGUCGGAAGAUCUUGCGCUUUGUGGACAAGAUUGCUAAGUCCAAAUAUUUCCAGAAGGCCACUGAGAAUGAAUUCAUUAAGAAGAAGAUGGAAGAGGUCUCCAACACUCCAUUGCUUUUGACUGUGGAGGUCCAAGAACUGACGGGCACAUUGACUGUGAACAUCCCUCCACCUCCGACAGAUCGAAUCUGGUACAGCUUCCGGAUCCCUCCGCAGUUGGAUCUGAAGGUGCGGCCAAAGCUAGGAGAACGGGAGGUCACCUUCCCCCACGUCACUGAAUGGAUUGAGAAGAAGCUCCAACAUGAAUUCCAGAAAAUUUUAGUGAUGCCAAAUAUGGAUGACCUCAUCUUACCUCUUAUGCAUUCUGGUUUGGAAUCCCAGCCUCUUGCAGAAGGACCACAGAAAGAACUUCCCCCUGAGGGUGCCAAGGACAUGUGAGGUGCUGCCCCGUGGUGGUUGACCAGCUCUAGUCUCUUGAGGCAGCUGACCAGAUACCUGGUCAAAGGAGAACCCGUGCCUGAGAACAAACGUUCUCCUCCAAGUCUCCCUGCUGGCCUCUGUUCUCUCUGGACCAGUUUUCAGACAAAGGAGAUUUGCCUGGAUAUGGCUUACAGCAGAAGGAGAUACUCCAGGUGGAUGAAAAGCCCCUUGUGCAGUUGUAUUGCCAAGAAAAAGCUGAGAGACUCCAAGAUCCCUGGCUGUUUGGAAAUCUCUCCAAGUUGCAUCUCUGCAAGUAACUUGAGUUUUAAGUAUCAAUUAAAUGACAGAACCAUCAAUGACACUGAACAGGGUCUGUGUGAAGGAGGAGAUAAGAGAGAAGGACCCCUUCAGCUUGUGCAAAAGGCUACGGGGAGGUAGAAGUCAACUGGAGACGGGGACUCCAGGACUCAAAACGGCUCAGCAAUUUCCAUUUCAGCCUUGAGGAAGGAAAGAUGCCUGAUCAACAGAUUCUGAAAAAUGAGUGGGUGAUGUUUCCUGCCACACCAUCUGUGCUGUUCACGGACUCUCCCUGCUCCUCGCCUACUGGCAACACGGAAGCUGGGAACUGAAGCUUUGCCUUUGAACUCACUCUGACUCAAGCACAGGCUGAGGACUAAAAACCAAAGGGGGGGAGGAGCCACCCCCGUACCACAAUCCUGAUCCAAAGGUUUGAAAAGAAACAUGACCUAGUUUUAAAAUGUGCUUCAGUUCACAUCUCAUUUCGUUCCUGGAACAGCUGGGGCUGAUGGAUGUACAGGAGACUGCUGUGAGUCUCGUAACAGUUGGGGGUGCCCAGGGCACUUCCCUUGGUCCUUCAGCUCGCUCUUUGGAAGGAUGUUGUUUAUUUCUGCCAGACGGGCAACGAGGAAACUACUGAGGCUAGAACGGGCCAGGAAGAAGGUAGCGGCUGAUUGUGAACCUCUUAACUGAGCAUUGACUAAAAGGACCGGCGUGCCGCUGCCCGUGAGCCAGGGGCCAACACUCUCCUAUUUGAUUGCAUGGAUUCUCUACCCGCCUUUAGCCCCGCCCUCCCGGGGCCCUCCCGGGGCCCUCCCGGGGC